UCUGUCUUACUGUGCUGGCAGUCAGCCGAGCCUUCGAGCUGGACGAGGAACCGGAGGAAAUUGCACCGUAUACUGUUAUUAAAGAUGCUGGGUCGUACGAGCUGAGGGUGUACGAGUCAGCCAAAUGGGUGUGUCACGACGAAAUGAGAAUGAGGCCUAAGAUGUACACCAGCUUCAUGAAACUCUUUGGCUACAUCACGGGCGAGAAUGAGAUGGUCCGCCCACGCCUUACCGUGGCAACCAGAACCUUCGGCGGCUGGAUGAGGAAGAUGCGCGAUUGGGUCACUCAGAAAAACGCUCUGGAACAGGACCUCAAAGCAGCCGCAGAACAGGGCGUCGACUACACGCGUUUCUAUGGAGCUGGCUACGAUUCUCCCAUGAAAUACAAAAACCGUAGGAACGAAGUGUGGUUCGUGGUGGACCAGUAAGAACCGCUACAGACAGUGGUUCCACCCCGUCGAUGGCAACCGGACGCGAUGGUACUGCACUGGAUAUUCGUUGGCCGUCACUUACUAAAUAGUUACAUAUGAAAUUAUGACCUUUUUUGCGUUUAUAAAAUUAUGUUUGAGUUAAUGUCCUGGAUCGAAGAAUAAUGAUAACAAAUAAUUAGUGAUCUAAAUAAAUUGUGGUAAAA